AUGGAAGAUCAUCCAGUUUCUCCACCACCACACACCCCGCGGAACUGUAAGUCCUGCACACGUCCGGACGACGCGGAGGACCAGAUGGUACAGUGCUGCGUGUGUAACGGCUGGGAGCAUUUCGGAUGCGCCGGAGUAGACGAUGCAGUGAAAGCACGUGGCAUUAAAUACUCCUGCGACAAAUGUGCAUCACAGCAGGGGGCCUCCGGCGGCAUACAGCUUAAUGUUCCCGAAGAAAUACGUCCUGCAAAAGGAUCCAAGGUCGGUUCGAAGGUAGGAUCAAAAAGGGGGAAAAAGAAACCCGACCCAGCUAAAAGCACUACAUCCAGUGUGCGUGCAGUACUGCUGGAGGAGCAGUUGAAGCUCGUUGCAGACGAGUUGAAAAUGAAAGAACAACAGCUUCUGGAACAGGAGGAAAUCGAGAUGCGCAAGCUGGAGGAAGAAGAACGCCAGCUCGAGGAAAAGCGCCUACUACGUGAGCGCAAGCUACUGGCGGAACAGACACUAAAAAGGGAGCAGCAGAAAAUUAGACAGGAGUCGUUCGAGAAACGAAAAGAGAUCGUCCGACAGGCUGCGCAAGAUAGCAGUAAGAGUAGUUCUAUCACAGACUCAUUCGGGAGGGUCAAGAACUGGCUAGCAUCGCAGGAAAGUGGAACAGACCCGGGAGAAGUUUUAGAUAAGCUGAAUCCAUCUCCGAUUCCAUUGCCGGCACCAGCCCCUCCCGCACCGCUACCUCUGCCGCUAAUCCCGACUCCAGCACCUAGGCCGCAAUUGCUACAAGACUUCCCACUUCCUCCAGCACCCCCACUACCCUCCGCUGCUGCUUUAACGCAGGUGCAAAUUGCAGCGCGUCACGUCGUGGGUAAGGACCUGCCAAUAUUUAGCGGAAAUCCGGAGGAGUGGCCGAUCUUUAUCAGCAACUUUGAGCAGUCUACGGCUACUUGUGGUUAUACAGAAGCAGAAAAUCUGGUGCGUCUACAAAGGUGCCUGAAAGGAAGCGCAUUAGAAUCGGUCCGUAGUCGUCUGUUGUUACCCUCUGGUGUGCCGCACGUCAUUCAGACUCUGCGCACACUGUAUGGAAGACCGGAACUCAUCAUCCGUUCACUGUUACACAAGAUUCAGCAUGUUCCCGCCCCGCGACACGACAAGCUGGAAACACUUAUACAGUUCGGUUUGUCGGUGCAAAAUUUGGUUGAUCAUCUCAGAGCAGCAGGUCAGCAGGACCACCUGUCUAAUCCAACCCUGAUGCAGGAGUUAGUGGAGAAGCUACCAGGAUCAAUACGAAUGAACUGGGCCUUCUACAAAACGCAGAACCAGCCAGCAACCCUCGACACAUUCGGCAGGUUCAUGUCCGGAUUGGUGACAGCAGCUAGCGAAGUAUCCUUCGAAUUUCCAGGAGUAGUGUCCGCGUCGAGAACCAACCGGCCAAAAUCCAAGGACACCGGUACAUUGCAUACACACUCAGCGGAAAGAAAUUCGCAGACGUUUAAAAAUCGUAGUGCAUCACCUACAGCGGCUUGUAGUGCAUCAAACAACUCAAAGCAAGGUAAGCCAUGCUGGGCAUGUGGGCGUGCUGGCCAUCGAGUGGCCGAUUGCCAUCAAUUCAAGAGCGCGUGUCUGGAUGAACGCUGGAAGCUGGUCCAGCAGAAGGGGUUAUGCCGGACCUGCCUCAACAGUCACGGAAAAUGGCCGUGUCGUUCCUGGAAUGGAUGUGGAAUAGAAGGGUGCCGCCAUAAGCAUCACACCCUCCUCCACACUUCCAAUUCUACUCCGGAAAACGUUUCCGUCUCAGCGAGCCACGUAUCCUCCGGUGUCCUGAAAUGGCCACUCUUCCGAAUCGUGCCAGUAGUCCUCUACAGCAACAACAUUUUCCAAACGAUCUUCGCCUUUAUAGAUGAGGGCUCUUCCUUUACACUGCUGGAGGAAUCUAUAGCGAAGCAAUUGAAGGUUACGGGUCCAACAGAAGCCCUGACUCUCCGAUGGACAGGAAAUGUUAGGCGGGUUGAAUCGAGAUCGCAGCGCGUGAACAUCGCCAUUGCUGGUAAGGGCUGUGUUGCACGGCACAAAAUCGUUGAUGUUCGUACGGUUAGUCGUCUGGUUCUGCCUUCGCAAACGCUCAAAUACGGUGAUUUGGCACGGCGUUUCCCUCAUCUUCGAGGUCUUCCGCUAGAGGAUUAUGAGCUAGUUCAACCCAAAUUACUUAUUGGUCUCGACAACUUACGUCUGUGCGUUCCGCUGAAGCUGCGUGAAGGAGGCCCGAGCGAUCCAAUUGGUGCAAAAUGCCGGCUAGGAUGGAGUAUUUAUGGAUGUAUUCCGGGCCAACCGUCUCGAACGGCGAUCACUAGCUUUCACGCCGGGGCUUUGUCCGAUCCUGAUCGAGAGCUAAACGAGCAGCUCCGCGACUACUUUACUUUGGAGAACGCGGGAGUCCUGGGCCCAUGUGUAGUUCCGGAAUCCGAUGACGACAAGCGUGCGAGAAAGUUGCUACAGGAAACAACCAAGCGGCUACCUUUCGGGCCAGGCUACGAGACGGGACUUCUGUGGAGAACGGACAACCCAGACUUCCCCGACAGCUACCCUAUGGCUGUGCGACGGCUGGAGGGACUUGAGCGGAAGCUCCAAAAGGAUCCGGUUAUGGAGCAGCGCGUUCGCGAACAGAUCUUCGAGUAUGAGCGUAAGGGCUACGCUCACAAGGCUACUUUAACUGAACUGACGUCUGUUGAGUCAAGCCGGAUCUGGUAUCUACCCCUUGGUGUAGUUUCUAGUCCCCAGAAACCAAACAAGAUUCGCCUGAUAUGGGACGCGGCGGCAAAGGUGCGCGAUGUGUCGUUCAAUUCUAGGCUACUCAAGGGACCGGAUCUGUUGACCCCCCUGCAAAGAGUUCUGUACCAGUUUCGUCAGUAUCCUGUCGCCGUUUGUGGAGACAUAAUGGAGAUGUUCCAUCAGAUCAAGAUUCGAGCUCCCGACUGCCAGUCGCAACGGUUUCUGUUCCGGGACCACCCAUCGGAUUGCCCUCAGGUGUAUGUGAUGGAUGUGGCCACAUUCGGCUCCACUUGUUCCCCGGCGUCCGCACAGCAUGUGAAGAACCUAAAUGCAGAGGAGUUCGCCGACGAGUAUCCCCGAGCCGCUACAGCUAUCCGGUACAACCAUUAUGUAGACGACUACUUAGACAGCUUCGAGACGCUUCAGGAGGCAAUAAAGGUUGUGAACGAGGUAAAAUUCGUGCAUUCAAAGGGAGGCUUCACUCUGCGGAAUUUCUCAUCGAACGAAGUAGGGGUGCUGGAAGGAAUAGGAGAGACGACAAUGCCUUCAUCGAAAAAUCUAGACUUGGAGCGAGGUGAAAAGUCCGAAUCAGUGCUGGGGAUUAAAUGGAUACCGUACGAAGACGUGUUUGUGUACUCCUUUGGUAUGAGAGAUGACAUACAGCGCAUUCUUCAUGAAGAUCACAUUCCCACCAAGCGGGAAAUCGCCCGAGUGGUUAUGAGCCUAUUUGAUCCGCUCGGUUUUGUCGCGUUUUUCCUUGUGCACGGCAAAAUUCUCCUCCAGGACACGUGGGCGAAAGGUACGGAAUGGGACCAACAGAUUCCUGACGAUCUCAACAAGCGCUGGCGACAGUGGUCGGAGCUCUUCGGACAGUUAAACCAGAUCCGUAUACCCCGGUGCUACUUUAGGUCACCCUUUCCUAAGAACCUGGAUCGCCUCCAACUACACGUGUUCGUAGAUGCUAGCGAAAUGGCGUAUGCUGCGGUGGCUUAUUUCCGACUGGAGAGUAACAGUUGCGUACAAGUGGCACUCGUCGGGGCCAAAGUUAAAGUUGCCCCAUUGAAAACGUUGUCUAUUCCCAGACUCGAGUUGAAAGCCGCCAACCUCGGGGUCCGCUUGGCCGGCAGCAUCCAAAGUCAGCACUCUUACCCAAUCAAUUUCCGAUAUUUCUGGGGUGAUUCGAAAACCGUUCUCGCUUGGAUCAAAUCAAUCGAUCACAGACGGUAUCAUAAGUUUGUUGCUGUCCGCGUCGGCGAGAUCCUGACAACCACAGAGCCAAAUGAAUGGAUGUACGUACCAUCGAAACUCAACGUUGCUGAUCUCGCGACGAAGUGGGGAAUUGGUCCGCAGCUGACGAUGAACAGCCCUUGGUUCCAGCCUCAUGACUUCUUCCAAACCACCGAAAGGAAUUGGCCUACGCAACAACCGAUUGAGCCAACUGAGGAAGAACUAAGGAAUGCCCACUGUCAUUUCGCACACUUUGCGUUGGUGGAAUUCACCCGGUUUAGCAGUUGGACCAAAAUGCACCGUUCAGUAGCAUACGUGCUCCGCUUUAUCAACAACAUUCGGCGGAAGAAAGGAAGAGCUAAGGAGCUUGGCAAUCUUACCAGCGAUGAGCUACGACUAGCGGAAGAAGAGCUGUGGAAGAUGGCGCAAGGCGAUGUUUAUCCUGACGAAAUCGCCGUACUCGUCCAAACUCAAGGCCCACCGGAUCGACGUCAUAAUGUUGUGGAUAAGGCCAGCGACAUCUACACCAAGUGGCCGUUCCUCGAUGAGAAUAAAGUUCUGCGGAGUCGUGGCCGAAUCGGUGCGGCACCCUACACACCGACCGAAGCUAAGUUUCCCGUAAUCCUACCCAAACAACAUUUAAUCACCUUCUUACUUGUAGACUGGUUCCACCGCCGCUUUCGCCACGCCAACCGAGAGACCAUCUUCAACGAAAUUCGGCAACGAUUCGACAUUUCGCAACUGCGUCGAUUGUUAGACAAGGUCACACGAAGCUGCGUCUGGUGCAGAAUUGCUAAGUCUUCCCCGAGACCGCCCGCUAUGGCCCCACUACCGGAAAUGCGGGUUACUUCGUUCAUCCGGCCAUUUACCUUCACCGGGCUGGACUACUUCGGGCCGCUGCUCGUCAGAAUGGGCAGAAGCAACGUCAAGCGCUGGGUAGCCCUCUUUACGUGUCUCACUACCAGAGCCAUCCAUUUGGAAGUGGUACACUCACUGAGUAUGGAGUCGUGCAUCAUGGCUGUUCAACGCUUUGUCUCCCGCCGGGGUAUUCCGCGGGAAUUCUGGUCGGACAAUGCCACCUGUUUCCAGGGCACUAGCAACAAACUGGAUAUGCACAACAAGAUGAUGGCGGAAAAGUUUACUACCUCACAAACAACAUGGAAGUUCAUUCCACCUGCUUCCCCGCACAUGGGCGGUGCAUGGGAGAGGCUCGUUCGCUCGGUCAAGGUGGCAAUCGGGGCGACGCUGGAUGGUACCCGAAAACCUGACGAUGAAACACUGGAAACAGUCCUGUUAGAAGCGGAGGCCAUGAUAAACUCAAGGCCACUUACAUACAUCCCAUUGGAAUCUGCAGAUCAAGAAGCUCUGACACCAAACCACUUCUUGCUGGGUAAUUCAUCCGGCAUCAAGUUCCUGCCUACUGGCGCGAUAGAUAGUCGUUCAACACUGAGAAGCAGCUGGAACUUGGCGCGGUUCAUCAGCGACGGAUUCUGGAACAGAUGGCUAAAGGAAUACCUCCCAGUAAUUACGCGCAGAUGCAGGUGGUUCAAGGAGGUCAAGGAUCUGGAGGUCGGCGAUCUGGUCUUGGUGGUUGGCGAGGCGGCGAGGAACCAGUGGACUCGGGGGCGGAUAGAAGCAGUAUUUCCUGGACAAGACGGAAGAGUACGGCAGGCGUUGGUACGAACCACAGCGGGUCUAAUUCGAAGACCAGCCGCAAAGCUUGCUGUUUUGGACGUCGAGCCGAAUAGCAAACCUAGUUCCAGUAUUCCAGGAGUUCCUGGACCUCACCGAGGUUUACGGGCGGGGGUAUGUGCUGACGAGACCCCUCGCUGCGGCGACGCUACCGAGCGCAGCGCUUUAUUCGACGGUGACAGAUCUGCCGGCAGUGAGGUUUCACGAGGAAACGUCAUUCAGCAGGAUACAGUGGGGCAGAAGAAGAAAACAGUACCGUAUAGUGAACACAUUUUUGCUCAAUAG